AAGAAAUCCAGUUAGGCAGAGGAGAAGAGGAAAAAGGGCAUGGCGAAGAUCAGAGUCGUGCCAGUGAUCGAUCUGGAAGAGGCCGGAGAUAAUCUCAAGAAGAAACUGAGAGAGGCGUGCGAGGAGUGGGGAUGUUUCAGAUUGACGAACCAUCCUAUUGAUUCGAGUCUGAUGGCGGAGAUGAAGAAGGUUGUGAGAUCUCUGCUUGACCUUCCUGUAGAGAUCAAGAUGCGAAACACUGAACAAGUAAUCGCAGGAAGUGGCUAUAUGGCUCCAAGUUCUAAGAAUCCUCUCUACGAGGGCUUGGGUCUCUACGACAUGGCUUCUUCUCACGCCGUCCAGGCUUUCUGUUCUCAACUAGAUGCUUCUCCUCACCAAGCGAAAGUGAUAGAGACAUAUGGGAAAGCAAUUCAUGAGUUGUUGAUGGAUGUAUCAGAAAAGAUGGCAGAGAGUUUGGAUUUGGAAAAAGGAGAUAGAUAUUUCAAGGAAUGGCCAUGUCAGUUCAGGAUUAAUAAGUAUAGUUUCACGCCAGACACAAUUGGGUCGUCUGGUGUACAAAUCCACACAGACUCAAGCUUCCUGACCAUUUUGCAAGACGAUGAACAUGUUGGAGGGCUUCAAGUCAUGAACAAGUCUGGUUCAUUUGUUGAUGUUCCUCCUUGCCCAGGAAGCCUCUUCGCCAUUCUUGGUGAUAUUGCUCAUGUAUGGAGCAAUGGAAGGUUUGGGAAUGUGAAGCACAGAGUAGAGUGCAAGGAAGCAAGUGUGAGAGUAUCAAUAGCUUCAUUCUUAUUGGGACCAAAGGAGGGAGACAUAGAAGCACCUGAGGAGCUUGUGGACUCUGAUCAUCAUCCUCAUCUCUUUCUUCCUUUCUCUUAUGAACAUUACAGGAAGCUUAGGAUAUCCCAAGAAAUGCAUGCCGGAGAAGCCCUUGCCCUAGUACGUGUCUCUAUGGCCUCUGAUUAAAUUUAGACAGUUUAGAUGAAAAAAAUCAAUGAAACUUAAAUUAUCUAAAUCUUAUAUGAACAGCCUAAAUGUAGUCUUCAAGAACUAAGGAUGUGUGCAGGGAAUUAAUUCAUAUAAAUAUCUAAUUUCUAGAGUCCGUCAAGCUAUUUAUACUCAAAA